CGGCCCCACACCCCUGUUGAACACAUCUUUUUAAAGACUCUUCAUUCACAAGGAGAGUGAACACAGUACUUAGACACAUAAACACAACAAAAAUGGAGAUGCAAAUUGACGGCGGCGAAGCACCACAAAAGUCAUGUCUGACCAGCUUCACAGACCAAGGAAGCUUAGAGAGUCACCGUUACUAUCUUUCCAGGCGCACAGUUCUCGAGAUGCUCCGUGACAGAGGAUACUCUGUUCCUGAUUCUGAAAUUGAGCUCUCUCUUCGUGAAUUUCGAGGCAUUUAUGGUGAUUCCCCUGAUACUUCUCGCCUUCGUAUCUCCGCUACUCAUCAGACCAACCCUUCUAAAAAGAUAUUAGUAGUUUUCUGUGACCAGGGAAUCGUUAAAGUGAGUCAAGUCCGUAGCAUUGCAGGGCAGAUAACAAACAAGGAGUCAUUGAGUCGGUUGAUUGUAGUAAUACAGAAUAGAAUAACAGACCAGGCAAUGAAAACUUGGGAUUUGUUUUCCUUCAAAGUUGAAAUAUUUCAAAUUACCGACUUACUUGUUAAUAUCACAAAGCAUGAGCUAAAGCCAAAGCAUCGGGUGCUAACAAAUGAAGAGAAAGAGGCGCUCCUAAAGAAGUACAGUGUGGACGAAAAGCAGCUUCCUCGUAUAACAGUAAAAGAUGCUAUUGCCCGAUAUUAUGCGCUUGAGAAGGGGCAGGUGUUGGAAAUAACAUACAAUGGCGAGAUUACUGAGUUUUAUGUUACUUAUCGAUGUGUUUGGUGAUGUCCAGGUGUGUAAUGUAUUGUCGUAGGUAUCAUCCCUUUGUAAGGUUAGGAGUUGUGUCAGUUUCUGUUCUGAAUGCAAAGGGGGUAAUUUGGUUUCUAUGCCGUUUCUUUGGGAACUUUAAAUGUUGUUUUUAAACUGUGCUAGAUACUUGUGUUGUUUAAGACGCAAGUGGAGUUGCACUUGUAAUUGUAGAGUUGGUGCACUGAAAAAUUUGAAGGUUUUCUGUAAUUUGGCAUUUCAAAUUUCAUUAAUCUUUUUGAUUUCA